GGUGGGGAAUUAAAUGGUUUAUCACGUUCCAAAAAAGGUUUUGUGUGUUUUUGUUUGCACGGAUGGGUUACUGCACUUUAUUAAUAUAAGAUAAGUUCUUUCAAUGAUAGUAACUGAGUAUCCAUUAGGGAUUGCACAUUUCUUGAUCAAUUCACGGUCUUAAUCGUAUAUCCUUGCAGAUUUUGCAAGUGUGUGCUUAUACGUUGGCUAUAAGGGUCAGCAAAAUCUCCCAAAAAAUACUGAUGACUUUUUGUUUCUACUUUCAUCUCAGGUCAUGAAUCUAUAUUUCCAGUCUGCAUUCUUUAACUCAUUCUAUAGAUUUUUUUUUUGCAGAAAUGAACCCAAGCCUCCUACAAAGUUUGCCCACAAUUUGUACAUCUGACUAAUGUCCCCAGUGUUUCAUAAGCUGAUGGAUUUUUCUGAAGUGAAAGAAGAACUUGGGUAAGACUGAAACUAAGUUUGGCAAGAGCGUUUGAUUUAGAAGAAGAAGACGAAGAAGGAAAAAAAAAGGUAUGAGGUCUCGUUUUUUAGAAUGACACUGGGAGCGAAGCAUUUCAGAGGGGAGAACAGCAAUCCACCUUUUUGCUACAAAAAGGUAAACGAUCACUGUCAAUUGCAUCACGCAAACAGAAGGGGAACGGAGUGCAAGAGAUUGCAACACUUUGGACUGGAAGGUCUAGGACAAAGCUAGAGGACGUUUUACCUUGUGGGUGAAACAAAACGGUUUGCAGAAGUUGCUAUGCGUUCUUGCAAUUUCACGGUGUGGUGUUUUGUUGGAUUGGAUUCCAGUAUUCUUUGCACUAUAGCGCGCUGCGUCAAUGAAUGACCUAUUUUCAAACUUAUAUCAUAUAUUAUAGAAGGUGCACUGAACUAAAAGGCGUAAUGAUUGAGACAAAAAGUCUGAGAUUUUGUGAGUAAGACUUUACUGUCUUCACAGUAACUCUAGAACUUGUUUGUUACACACUUAGCAUUAGCUAUGUUAGAAGCGUUAGCGUAUUGACAAUAUCUGUAACUCCCAACCUUGUUUGCAACACGUAAAAAACCAAACUGAUAACGCUAAACAAAUGUUACUGUGACUACUCUAACUUCCAACCUUGUUAGUAACAAGAAAAACAAAGUCCGACAAAAGCUACAUGUUAGCCACGUUAGAAACAUUAGCCGCGUUUAUGCAUCACAAUACCUUUAACUCCCAACCUUGUUCGCAAAACGUAAAAAACCAAACUGAUAUCGCUAAUUUUUUUUUUACUGUGACUACGCUAACUUCCAACCUUGUUAGUAACAAGAAAAACACAAUCCGACAAAAGCUACAUGUUAGCCACGUUAGAAGCAUUAGCCGCGUUUAUGUAUCACAAUACCUUUAACUCCCAACCUUGUUCGCAAAACAUAAAAAACAGGCUGUUACCACCAAAACAGAUGUGACUGUUACUAAACUAACUCCCAAGCUUGUUAGUAACAUAUAAUAGUCCUUCGCAACUACACGUUAGCUGCAUCGCGUAUUCAUAAUUAUAUACAACCAAACAUUUCAACAGAGCGCCAUGUUUCCGUCAAAAUUGCUUAUUUGUAAAAACGCAGUCCAACACAGCUACAUAUUAGCUGUGUUAGGAGCGUUAGUUACGUUAUCGUAUUUACAAUACUUGUUUACUCCCAACCUUGUUUGCAACAUGUAAAAAAACAGACAGAUACCGCUAAAACAAACGUUACUGUGACCAAGCUUGUUUUUUAAAAUGUUUGUAAAGACACCUUUACACGUUAGUCGCAUUAGCGUAUACACAAAAACACCCAAACAUUUCUACAAAUCGCUGAGUAACUCUCAAAAUUGCUUGUUUAAAAAUAAAAAACAGUCUGACUCAGCUACGUGUUGGUCACUUUAGAAGCGUUAGCUGUGUUAGCCAAGUUAGUAUAUUUAUACUAUAACUCCCAACCUUGUUUGCAACACUAGUAAUCCAGAUCGAUAGCGCUUAAACCGAAGUUACUGUGACAACAAAAUCUCCCAACUCUGUUAUUUACACGUAAAAAAAAAUAAAAAAAAAUCACACAGUCCAACACCAUUACAGGUUUGCCGCGUUCACAUAUUAACAAUAACACCCUACCAAACAUUUUGACACAGCACCGUCUAGCACUCAAUUUCUACAAGGCGCACUGUCAUUUGAAAAAUAAAAUAAAAAAUAGAUUGCUAUAUGGGCUGUGCAUGUGGGGGAUGGGCCGUCAUCUACUCAUCUUGUUUUAGUUCCAAUAAGAAUAACGAUUUUAGCAAGAUUCUGCUGUUUAAUUAUUAAAAGAUCAAUUUUUUUUGGGGGGGGGGCGGGGGCGGGGGUUGUAUUAUCAUAGUACCGUAAAGGUAAAUGUACAUAAAAAGUUUCGGUUGACAAAACAACGAAGUAUACGUUUUUUUUUUAGUGUGCUACAGGUUUGCAUGCCAGCGUUGACCGUGUAAAUGUGUUUAAAUGAAGCGUGAACCUGUGACCUCUUCCCUGCCAGUAAACCUAAACAGUGCAGCGAUUGUUGAAGCAGGUGCUGAAAAAAAAAAGCACCUUUAAAAAAAAAAAAACUAUUUUUGAGAAACGCCACAAAUCUCCAAAGUCAAACUUUGAUUGGUUCGAUUUUUAUCUCAUUCCUGUCCCUGUCCUACAUUUGUGGCAGCCACUGAUCCUUCUCAGAAUUACCGCUUCACACGUUCACAGGACCGCCAUUGUUACGACUGGCCUCGGUGACUGAAGCACCAUUGCAGCUCAAAUCUAAUCAGAUCCCCUUAAGUGGAUAACAAGCGUGUCUCCGGCAUUUACAGUAGUGAGAGGGUCGAAGUGAAACCAGGACAAUCCGCCAUCACACAGCACAGAUGCGGUGUGCAGCAGUUUAGGCAUCUCUGCCGCUCUCAGCGGUGGAAAAAAAAAAAGAAAAAUGUUGAUUGGGAAACAACUGGGAUCUUGUUUGGCCAAAAGAAGCCAGAUAAGAACUCUCAGUUAGUACUGACAAGUUGAGUAUUGUGAUGAGCUUGUACUUUGUUGAGCUGAGGAGUGGUGAAAAAGGAAAACCAGUCCAGCUGAUAAGGGGAAAUGUGAGGGUGUACAGCCAGCUAAAAGCCGAGAUUCCCGAGUGUUGCUGACAUGUAAUGCAAAAACAAAAAAUGUUGCUUUUCAUCAGCAAUGAGCUUAGAGAAAGAUACACCGCAAAAACAGGCCCUGCAAAAUAAGUAAGAAGUUGUUACCGCAUUGGUAGAUUUUCUUUAAAUAAGCAAAAAAUAAAUAAAUCAUAAUCUGCCAAUGAGGUAAGGAAAAAAUGGUCUUACCAAGUUUUCCUAUUUUAAGGAAAAAAAUUCUAGUCGCUAAUACACGUUUUCUCAAACCAAGAUUAUUUUGAAAUGAAAAUCUUUCAGUUUUUCCAGUGCAGUGCAGCAAAAAUACAAAUCUACCUGAAAAGCUGGAAUUGGGAACUUCUUUUUUUUCUUUCUUUUUUUACAGUACAGUACUUACAUAGAAUUUUUGGUGGUACAUUUGACCCUUGUUUCCACUAAGUGGUCCAGGCCAGUUUGGGGCAACGGGGGUCUAACCUGGUCCAGUUCGGUCCUGCUUAAUGAAUCUAUUUUGUAAUUGAAUACCAGACUGGACUGUACCAUACUGCUCACUGGAAACAAGUCUUUAUUGUACUUAUUAGGUACUUGAGUACUAUGUGAAUACCUGUCCUCUUACAUUUGUUGGGUACCAUGAAAUGCACAUAAAUUUGACUAAGUAGAAAGUAAAUUCUGGGAACUUCUUUAUUUGUUUACCUAUCUUGCUACACAUGGUAAAUACCAAACAAUGAGUCAACAACUAAAUUCAAGGAACCGUAUAUGAGAACUAGACUGAGCAAGUGUGACGUCACCCAUAGAAAACAACUUACUUCCGCUUCCAGCAAAAUUGAGCCAAUUCAGUCCCAAUUGUUCUGCGAUACGGAUAAAUAGAAUGACUGAGUAAGAGCUAAAAAAAUAAAUAAAAUGGGAUUUGGGCUUCCUGCAGGUACUUCAUGAUUUAUAACGCGAUGGCGGAGGGAUUACUUUGGCCAGUUCUCUUAUACAGACAAUGGUAAAUCCCAGUAGGUAUUGCAUUAAUACCUAGUAAGUAUCCAGUAGGUACAAUAAAAGUACAUUUAUUACCACUUAGAUACCCUGUGAGUACCAUACUGUAAUGUAAAAUGUGUUCCCUGUAUGUAUAUAUAUAUAUAUAUAUAUAGAGAGAGAGAGAGAGAGAGAGAGAGAGAGAGAGAGAGAGAGAAAACAUUUUCAUUAAUUUACUAAAAAUUGAUUUCUUUGUGUCUUUCCUUUAAUUUUUCUGAUUUGCCAAAUGAAAAACAUCUGUCACCUGUUUCUAAAGCUCGGUGCUCUAAAUGUGUCCUCAUGAAUGCAACAGACGAAUAAAAUAAAGUCUUUUAGGGUUUCACUUCCCCAGUCACUUCAGUCACGGCAGUAUUUGUUCUUAUCCGAGUUCCUUUCCGUUUAAAUCGAUUAACUGUGGUCUGUCGGAAAGAAAGCACUCAUUUAAAACAGUACAAAUCUCGCCAGAGAGGGGAAAAAAAUUGCCAGACAGACUUUAAACUGACAAAAGUGAGUACUUGCUAAGAAUACUUGGAGACACAUUAACCAAUAAACAGCAACAGUGGACAUCUUUAUGAGAACCAGACAAAUGAGGCAUUUUAGGGGAGAUGUUACCUCCUAAAAUAACCUUUUUGGAUUGGAAAGAAGACCUUAAGGAGGCGAAAACUUUACAACUCUUCACCUAUGUUUUUAUUGAAUGAAUGGGUAAAAACGGCAUUGAGAUAUUUAAAACCCUAAAUAGGGAACAAGGGUCAAUUGUGCUGCCACAGCCCCUGAAGCUGGGCAGCAGAGGACUUUGGGAGGUGAUCGGUGAUUGGCUGUCCGUACACGAGUGGGCGGGCCAGAGGAAUUAGUGAUAUAUGCUUAAGGCAAAUAUCCUGCAGUGAUACAACCCUGGGUGAUCUAACAAUCCGACGUUUGAAGUGAUUAUCAUGCUAUGCAAUUUGAGGACUUACUCCCAGCUGUAGGCCUAAUUAGUUCACUUAGAGUCCCUCUAUAAAACUCUGCUGAGGGGGCAGGAAGAGGCAGACACUUAGUGGGAAGUCAGCAGCCUAACGGGAUAGCAGCCGCAGCGGAUCUGGAUCUCUAAAGGCGACCUGCUGCAACACCAACAAACAAGUCCAAAGACUAUCCAUUUUCUUCUCUCUUUUAUUUGAGAAUGCCACACUUAAGCGACUGCAGCUACUACAAAAUGCGGGAUGCCACCAGAGCUUCUAAAGUGCAAAGCCACCUGGAGAACUCCAAGUUCCAUCUCCACCAAAGCCAAAACCAGCCGGUGAAGCAGUACCUGACGCUGGGCUCCAAGCUGGCCUCCUCUGCGGGUUCGGGUCACGCCGUGCAACACCCACACACCCCCGGCCAGCCGCUGGCUACCGUGCCAAUCAUGAGGAACGGACACAUGGCCCCAGUCAGUGACGGCAGCAACCCAAACAGCCCUGUUACCCUGCUCACGUUGGCCAGUCAUGACAGUGAGUUUCCAAUGGAUGAAGUUAUUGAUGACCUGAUUAGUCUUGAAUCCGGUUUCAAUGAUGGAGGCUUGGAUUGCAUGGAGAAUAACAUCAUAAUGCAAAACAACGUGUCCCUCAGCAGCAGCAUGCUGGACGUCUAUGGGGGUGAACAAGGUAUGAACCCCCCUAUUGGUGGAAUGAGCCCCACAUCUAACCCCACAAAGCUCACUGUAAAAAGGGAAUACACAGAGCACGACACCAGGGUUAUGGCAAAAGAGAGGCAGAAGAAAGACAACCACAAUCUGAUUGAAAGACGGCGAAGAUACAACAUUAACUACAGGAUUAAGGAGCUGGGGACGCUCAUCCCCAAGUCAAAUGACCCCGACAUGCGCUGGAACAAAGGCACCAUCCUGAAGGCCUCGGUGGAGUACAUUCGGUGGCUGCAGAAGGAGCAGCAGCACUCUCGGGAGCUGGAGAGCCGUCAGAAGAAGCUGGAGCAAGCCAACCGGAGGCUGCUGCUGAGGAUCCAGGAACUUGAGAUCCAAGCACGAGCACAUGGACUUCCAAACAUGACCACUGCCCUGGGCACCGUCGAACUGUCCAAUCACCUCCUCAAACAGCCGCAGCAGCAGCAGCAGCAAUCGCCUCCCCAGGCCCCACAACCACAGCAGGCCACUCUUUACCAGGAGGACCCAAACAACGACUACCUCCAGAGAAUAGCUGCGGUGACCGCCAUACCGUCCAUCACCGCUGCCGGCCCAACGCAGGACCACAUUUCUGGCGGGGACGCCUGCACCACGUUCUCUGACCCGCUGUCCCACUUCACAGACUUCUUCACAGCCUCACUCAAGGAGGAGAACCAGCUGGACGAGAUCCUCAUGGACGAGGCGCUGUCGCCGUUCGGGACCGACCCGCUCCUCUCUGCUGGUUCCCCCGGAGCCGCGUCCAAGGACAGCAGCCGCAGGAGCAGCUUCAGCUCCGGCGAGGGCGACGAUCUAUAAGGGUGCCUUUUUUUCCCAACCAAAAACACUGUUGCUGUCACGUUACAGCUGCAUUCUCCACUCAUAAAGGGCAUACACAGAGCUUCCAGAAGACUGACUACUAGAGACUAUUGCCAAGGCGGCAAGCAAUUAAAAUGACAGCUGACAAACUUUAUAGAAAUGGGUGCCUCUCAAAGAGGCAUCUGCUUGUGAUGUGCUCCACUGUCCCUGAGGCUGACAUUUGGGAAUGCUCUUUGGGACCAGUUGCUCCUUAUGAGGAAAUUUUUCUUUUUUUUUGUUUUUGGUGUUUGUCUGCCACUCAAACACAGAAGGAACAGACUUGUAUGAAAAAAGGGAGACAUUCAUCAGCAUUUGAUGUACACAACUGCUAUAUUUAAAGCAACACUGUCUGUGGUGGCUACACACUGUAACAUAUGCAAAAUAAUCACUAAAAAUGUGCUGAUACUGUCCUAAAAAAAGAAAAAAGAAAUCUGAAAAAGGAUUUUUACUUUAUAUUUGUAUCGUUUGAGGGGCCGUAUUUCAACCUUUGUUUAAGGAGAACUAAUGUACUCACCUCAAAGCUUAACAUGUACUGGGCCUUA